CGGAGUUCAAAGUUGAAAGUCGUAGCUUACAAACACACUGCAGCAGGCUGAGGUGGUAUGGCGCUGCUCGCUGGGUGUCGAGUCUUCUCUCAGGCUUUUCGAGGCCAAACGGCGAACCUCGACGGCGUCUGCACAUUGCAGGAUGUUAUGCAACGAGCUGUGUGCAGCCUGAGACGGUACAGCUCGGAGUCUAAGGCGGGGGAGGAGCUAACCGUUAGAUAUCUAGACGGAGAUGACUCAGGGAUUGUUGUCUUUGGGAUGAAUCGCCCUAAAGCUAAAAAUGCUAUCAGUAAAAACCUUGUAAAGAUGAUGUCUGAGGCUGUUGAAUCAGUGAAAAAGAACAACAAAGUGCGUAGUGUCAUCUUAUGCAGCAUGGUGCCCGGAGUGUUCUGUGCAGGUGCUGACUUGAAAGAGAGAGCCAAAAUGCAUCAGAGUGAAGUCGGGCCUUUUGUCUCUAAAGCGAGGGCACUUAUUACAGAGCUAGGCAAUCUGCCCAUGCCAACUAUCGCAGCCAUUGAUGGAGCAGCACUGGGAGGAGGACUGGAGAUGGCUCUGGCCUGUGACAUCAGAAUAGCAGCUACAUCCGCCAAAAUGGGACUGGUUGAAACAAAGCUAGCCAUCAUUCCGGGGGCGGGUGGUACACAGCGUCUCCCACGGACUGUAGGUGUAUCUUUGGCUAAGGAGCUGAUCUUCGCUGCUCGAGUGAUUGAUGGUACAGAGGCGAAGGCUCUAGGCCUGGUAAACCAUGCUGUUGAGCAGAACAAAAGCGGAGAUGCGGCCUACCUGAGGGCUCUGGAGCUGGCCCGUGAGUUCAACCCACAGGGACCUAUUGCAAUCAGAAUGGCCAAGCUGGCCAUUAACCAGGGCAUAGAGGUUGAUUUAACAACAGGAUUAGCAAUUGAAGAAGCGUGCUAUGCACAGGUGAUUCCAACGAAGGACAGACUGGAGGGUCUGGCAGCGUUUAAGGAGAAGAGACCCCCUCGCUACAAGGGCGAGUAAACCGGGCCCUUCCCUGCUGACCCGCUGCCUUCCAGAUUUCCUUUCACUGCUUCUGACGACUGUCGUAAAGAAAGCGCUAGCCUGCACUGCGCCUGCCUGACCAGCUGAGCCGCCGCCGGCCCUCCGUUGGCCUGCUGUCAGCCCACUGUUGGGAAAGACCAGUGGAGAUUCUGUUCACAAGGACUUAGCCAGGGUUUAGAGGUGAGAGAGGGAGGACCAUGAUGCUUCCCUCACCUGUGGAUCAACUCUGUUCUGCAUGGUGUGUCUUUUUUAAUUUAGUCUUUUUUUAAAUCACAGGUUUUGCCUUUCUUUACUACGUGUUGUGAAUCUGUUCUGUGUAAAGUGUCUUUAAAUGUUCACUUCAGGCGUUUCAUAAUUCAGACUAACACUACAGAGCAUAUAGAUAUAUAGACAGUAUCUAAGUAAUUAAAUAUUAAUAUAAGGAUACAUAAUAUUAACAGUGCAUAGAUUGAAGCUGCAUCAGAGCCUUCCAGAAGAUUGUUAUAAUCUACAUAAUGCUGUAUAGAGAAUGACCGACACUGUCACAUGUCCCUAGUAAUUGAAUUAAGGUAAUUAUUUUUCUUUUUUUAGGUAAGGUAAGGUAACCGUGCCCUUUAUUAAUUGAUGCAAUAAAACAUUGUCCAAAAGUA